ACAACUGAUUUCAUUUGAAAAUAGUGUAUUUUCUCAUAUCAACUUUAUUCAACUUAAAAAGUCCAUUUUGUUGCAUCGGCAAUCCUCACUCACCAUGGCUACUAAGGCUAUAUCGGCCAAAAAGCAGCAAGAGCUACAAACAACAUAUUCAAACUACAAGAAUACGUUACAGCAACUAGCCCAGAAAAUUGGCGACGUUGAACAGGAAGCCGAAGAACAUAAGCUUGUUCUCGAUACCUUGGAACCGCUCCCGGGGGACCGCAAAUGCUUCCGCAUGAUCAACGGCGUGCUGGUGGAGCGAACAGUCAAGGACGUGAUCCCCGCUUUGAGGACUAACGCCGAAGGAUUGGAGAAGGUGCUUGAUGAUCUAGUCAAGCAAUACAAGAUCAAGCAGGAUGAUCUAGAAAAGUGGAAGAAAAAGAACAACAUCCAGGUUGUCCAGUCGUGAGCCAACCUCAACGUUACGCAUGGCGGGAGUGGAUGCGGAAAUUGGCGUUAGGGCUACGGUUUCC